UAAGAAGAUAGUUUGGUUAGCAAACCAAAGAACUUGUUGCAGAUAUGUAACGUAGUAGUAGUAACAAACAGUGGCUGAAUAAUAUGAGUAGUAUAUUAAAACAUUGGUGUAGAAAGAAAAUUCAUUAAUAAAAAAAGAGUAGAUGAUUUAGUAAUCAAAGCCAUUAUUCCAUACCAAAUAGAGUAAGAUUAGUUCAAAACCGCCAUUGAAAUUGUUGUCUAAUCGAUGGGCUGAAUUGAUAUUAGGGUAAAAGUUACUUAAAAUCUAUAUUCAUUUUUUUUUCUCACAAUUUAUUUUCAUUGGAUAUUUUACCAAAAAUGAAUUUUCAGAAAAACGAACCUUCAUGACUCUUUUCUAAAGGCACCUCUAAAUAGAAAGAACGUAACCUCUAAACUUUAAAGUGAGAUUAUUGCCUUAAUUAACCAUAGACUUAAGAGAGAAGUUGUAAGUUUGUGUAAGUGGCGUAGAUGGAGAGUUAAGUAUGCAACUCAACAUUUUAACUUUCUUUCAGCUAUAAAUAGAGGUGUUUAGAAGAGGUAUUACAUUCCAACACAUAGAAAAAUCUUUCACAGUUUUAUAAUUUUAUUAUCUUUCUUUUCGUUUGAAAUCUUUGUGAAAAAUGGCUAAUGUUGGAAACACUAGUGGGUCUACUCGUUUUGAAGAGCUGUGUCGUGAAAUUACGCAGCUGAAGGAUGAAAUUAAGAACCUCGUGAGGGAGGACGGGCUACUUAAUCAUUCAAUUGGUCGACCUGAUUUUGGUGCCAUUGAAAAGUCCAAGAAGAAGCUAACUGAUAAGAGAAUGAAGUUGGAAGAACUUGAGAAGAGGAAAGAAGUUAUGAAGGAAACCCCUCAGUGAUAGGUUACUCUUACUUUUCCAGUCAAGCUCCUCGUAUAGAUAAAUAAAUAAUUGAGAUGGUUCUAUGUGUCUAAAAGCUUGUGAGGAGUGUUAGACAAGUUAAUUAAUUUAGUUUUCUUGAACUAUUUAAGUCCAGUGAGACUUUCUUGUAAGUAAAUAAUUGGGAAACUCUUAUGAGUUUUAAUUAUAUUUGAAUAUGCAUGGUUGGUUCAAAUGUGUGCCUUUCUUUUCUUCUUCUUCUAUAUGACUCACAUCCUCUAAAGAGUCUAUUUUAUUGGGAUCAAAACA